AUGAGUGUGGCUAUCAAAAACGAAGCAACUAAUUGCAACACAUCUAAUAAUCUAUUUUCUAAAAAGUCUGUAGAACCUACUUUAUCUAUUUCUUAUAAAUUAAAGGACAGGAUACCUUUUCAAAAUUUUUCGUACACACCUUUCACCUUAGAAUACGAUAAUAAUAUCAACAUUAAUUUUACCAAUUUUAACCAAUUUUGCACUGAAAAUAAUUCUGAUUUAACUCCUCAAAAUUUUAUCACUUCAAACACCAAUAUGAUAGGCAAUCAAUCGUUAACUCGUCAAUUUUACAAUUCCUAUCAUCAUUAUUACUAUCCGCAAGUAAUUAACGAAAAUUUGUUCUUGAAUACGGCAAACGGUACGAAUGAUACAGGCCCAAAAAAUGUUUUUCCUAUUUUAGAUAAUAUUCACCUAGAAAAUAUUAACAAUGGAAGUGAUCAACAAUUUAUAAGAGGCCAUCAUUCAGGAACUACGAGUUCUAAUAAUCUCGCUCUUAAUAAUAAUGAUGAAACCGAUCAUCAGGAUAGUCUCUUUAGAGGCGCUUUAGAACGAAAAGACGGGAAACGCAUUGGUAACAUUAGUAAUCAGAACAAAUUAGAUCUUAUUGAUUACAGUAGUUAUUACAAUGUUCCAACCAGGAAAGAUGGAGAUGAUUAUACUCCAUAUUAUUACAAUUAUAAUUACAAAAAUUAUACCAAUUAUUACCAUUCUCAUCAAAUACCCCCUAAUUCUUCAAUGAGCGAAUGUAACAGUGUAGCUAACUGGGGUUCAAGAAAUGAAGUGGGAGCCGAGAAUAACGGCAUAGAUCAACUGACAGAUACAUCGAUUGUGGGCUCUCAUGUAAUGGGUGGAGCUUGUAAUCUUAUACCUGGAUUGCAUCAACCAUUUCUACCCUUUAAUAGCACAUCAUUUUAUAACAAUAAUAAUCACUCAAUCACGUAUGAUUUUGGCCACCAUCCACUAAAAAUAUUUCCCAAAUUAAAUGCAAAGGAUGAAACAACAAUCCCUACCACAUCUGGGGAGCACGAAAAUCUCAAGGUUCAAAAUAGCGAAAAUUGUUUUAGUAAUAACUAUGGGGAAAUUUACGAGAAUAGUUCAGCUUUUGAUAAAACUUCAAAAACCUCAGAUAACAAUCCUCAGCAAGAUAGUUAUUACAAUGAAACUAGUUUUUUUCACGUUCCACCAGUCAAUAUUUUUAUGCCUAAUAAGAAUCAUUACAACUUUUCCAAGAAACAGAAAGCAUUAGAUCGUAAAUCUUACAACGAAAAUAAAUUAAAAUCUUCUCUCGACUUUAACUCUACCGUUAAGAUGAUAAAUAUAAGCAAAAAUUUAGGAAGCAACAACGAAACUAUUACAAAAAAUGAAGGGCUCAAUAGAGACAAUAUAAUAGCUAAUGAUGAAAAUUGCUCAAUAAAUAACGAUAGCAAUGACCCAAAAGAUCUGGAAGCUUUUGCAGAAAAAUUCAAGCAAAGAAGGAUCAAAUUAGGAGUAACUCAAGCCGAUGUGGGAAAUGCCUUGGCGAAACUUAGAAUACCCGGUGUUGGAGCUUUAUCUCAGAGCACAAUAUGUCGUUUUGAAUCACUGACACUAAGUCAUAAUAACAUGGUAGCGUUGAAACCUAUCCUUCAGGCUUGGUUGAGCGAAGCGGAGGCUGAAGUAGCCAUGGUUAAUCACAAUAAUAAAUAUCUCAAUGGGAGUAACAAAACUAUGAAUAAUAACGUGGUUAGAUCAAAAAGUGACCAUUCUUCUUCAUCGUGUUCACCUGUCCCCAUUCCUAGUCUCCACACUUAUCCCGGUAAAUAUUUGGUCAAUUACAACAACAAUAAUAACCCUUCCGUUAACAAUUCACAGAUCAUCAAUCAAAAUUUCGAAUCUUAUUAUGAAAACACCGGAUCUCAGCUUAACUUUCAGAAUCCCUGUUCAAAUAUAAACAACUUGGACCUUAACCAAGCUUCCAUUCAUAGUAGCUCGUCUAACCGCAAUAAUCACAAGCAAAUUGUUUACAACAAAAAGGAAAAUAAUUCACUCUCUAAUAACUCGUCAAAGUCUCAUAAUUUCCAUUCAAUAAAUAAUCAAAAUAAUAGUAAUAAUCAUGGCAGUAAUUUCAAUCAUAACAAUAAUAAUAAUGGUAGUAAUAAUAAAAGGAAAAGAACGUCUAUUGCAGCCCCCGAAAAAAGAUCUCUAGAAGCAUAUUUCUCGGUUCAACCCAGGCCCUCGGGAGAUAAAAUAAGCGCAAUCGCUGAUAAAUUAGAGUUAAAGAAGAAUGUAGUCAGGGUUUGGUUUUGUAAUCAGAGGCAAAAACAAAAGAGAAUGAAAUUUUCAGCUGCCAAUAAAGCCAACGACCUUAUGUAAAAUGAAUAAUUUUUGAGAAAGUAAAAAAGAAAACAUUAAUUUUAUCUCAUAAGUAUGAUAUUGGUUGAAAAAU